AUGAUAAAGAGACUGGGUAUUAGAAUGCUAAGCACCGAGUGCAAAAGCCGGUUUUAUCCGUUGAAUGAAAGUUAUGAGAAGCUUAGACAUAUACAUUUCCCCGGAAUAACCCCAUUUAUCCGAGGGGAAGAGAUCCAAAAAGCAAUAGUGAGUGCAAACUUGGACUUUAAGAAUAUAGAGGGAAAGAUCCGUAGACAACAAAAGGCAGCAACAGCCGAAGGAGUAGUCAUUAAUGAAUAUGAAACUACAUUAUUGGAACAAAUAUUAGCCAUGAGACCUCAUCCCACUUUGCUUACAUUUGAAUUCGAUAAUGUGUAUACGGGAGGUAAGCAAAUGAAACAAGAUCCAAAUAUAAGUGAACUUAUUAAGGGCUAUGAAGACAUGGGAUGCUCUUAUCAUCAAUUAGAAAGAGGGGGUCAAGUCACAUGGCAUGGUAAAGGACAAUUAACAGCGUAUACCAUAUUGGACUUGAAACAAUUUAAAAAUUUAACUGUGAAAUGCUUUGUGGAUUCUGUUCUUCUUAAGGCUGCACUGACAACUUUGUCUAAGAACUAUCACAUCCAAACUUCUACGCAUUCAGAUAGCCCAGGAUUGUAUGUGGCUAAUGGAGACAAGAUUGUUAGUGUGGGAUGUAAUAUCCAACGAGCCAUAUCAUCUUAUGGGAUUGGCAUGAACAUAAAUCCAGAAAUGACGUUUUUAAAUACCUUUACCAUGUGUGGAUUGGAGGGAAUUCAAGCUACCUCGGUAGCGAAGGAAACAGGAAUGCAACCAUCAGUUAAAGAAAUAGCAGAUCAAUAUGCUAAAGAAGUAGCAUUACUUCUCGGUAUCAAAGUUGUGGAGCAUAUGAGCGGAGCAGAGUUAGAAGUAUAA